AGCCACUCAGUAGGAGUUUGAAUGCUGAUGUACCAGAACAACUUAUUACUCCAUUAGUUUCACUAGGUCACAUUUCUAUGUUGGCACCUGAUCAGUUUGCUUCCCCAAUGAAAUCUGUAGUAGCAAAUUUUAUUGUGAAAGAUCUACUAAUGAAUGACAGGUCAACAGGUGAAAAGAAUGGAAAAUUAUGGUCUCCAGAUGAGGAAGUUUCCCCUGAAGUACUGGCAAAGGUACAAGCAAUUAAACUUUUGGUAAGAUGGCUCUUGGGUAUGAAGAAUAACCAGUCUAAAUCUGCCAACUCAACUCUUCGGUUAUUAUCAGCAAUGUUGGUUAGUGAGGGUGAUCUGACAGAGCAAAAGAGGAUCAGUAAAUCUGACAUGUCUCGCUUGCGAUUAGCUGCUGGUAGUGCCAUAAUGAAGCUUGCUCAAGAACCUUGUUACCAUGAAAUUAUUACCCCAGAACAGUUUCAGCUCUGUGCACUUGUCAUUAAUGUAAGUAAUUAUCUAUUUUUAUAA